AUGGAUAUCCGGACAUAUAUCUCUGACUCCCUCCUACGGCUAACGGGUGCGUCGGACGCGACAGUCAUCGAUUACAUCCUCGCCACCACAAGCUCUGCAAAAUCAGCCGGCUCCUUACACGAAAAGCUAGGACCGUUCCUGGACGGAGAUGAGGGUGAUAUCCAUUCGUUCUGCGCUGAGCUCUGGAAACGGGUGCGUGGCGGUUCUAGUGCGGAGGAUGGCGGCAAAAAGGCCAGCAAGGAAAAGGGAGGGGAUGGGUUGAAGAAAAGAUACAAAUUGGUUGAUAUGGAAGAGGAGGAUGUGGAUGUUAAUGCUGGAUUGGCGCCGCUGCAGAGUACGGAGGCGGGGAAGUUAAGAAGGAAGGCGAAGGAGAACGGGGAGAGUGGAGAGAGUCGGGAUCGCGAUGAUGAUUCGAGGCGCAAGCGUGCGCAUCGCGAUGCGAGAGGGGAGCGGAAGCGAGGGCGAGAGGGCGACAAUGAUCGUGAUGGUCGGCAUCGGUCGAAGAAGGUGCGCAGAAGGGAUGAUAGGGACUUCGAGGACCAGUGGGGCGAUGAAGAUAUACCCGGGGAUGAAGCUGAGAUGCAUGAUGAACGACUACAAGAUGAAGGAUAUCAGCAUGAAGAAAGGGAACCACGACAACACUCUCGAAGCCCUCGAUCCUCUUCUCCCGCUUCGGAUAUAGAUCCUGAGACCAAAGCAGAGCGAGCCAGACAGCGCGACCUCAAGGAACGAGAUGAAUUCGCGAAACGCCUUGCGAAAAAGGACGAGUCGAAGUCGAAGAAGAUCGUUGAAGAUCGGUCGUCUACUAAGGACUCACAGGCUGCCCGACGUCGUGCGCUGGCUGAUGACGCUGCAGCGAGGUCGGCGGCGAUGCCAGAUCUGCGGCUUCGCUCGCGGCAGGAAUAUCUCAAGAAACGUGAAGCGGAGCGGUUGGCUCUGCUGCGCAAGCAAGUGGCGGAGGAAACCGCUGAGCUUCGCGAGAAUCCAAACUUGACGCGUCGGGAAAAAGAAGAGUUUGCGAAAAAUAGAGAAGUUCUUCGGUUAGCGGAGGAAAGACUGCGGAUUGACGAUUAUCGGGAUGGCUAUGCGUUGCCGGAAGAUUAUAUCACGGAAAAAGGCAAGAUUGAUCGAAAACGGAAAGAAGAAGCGCUUUACAAGCGAUAUGUUGACCGGGACGAGCAUGGGCAUGAGCGAUUCAUUACCGAGCAUGAGGAGUGGGAGAAUGAGCAGACGGCCAAGGCGAAAGCGCAAAUUCAAAGGGCGGAGUUUGUUGAUGAAGGGGACUACGAAUAUGUGUUUGACGAUGCGCAGAAAAUAAAUUUCAUCAUGGAUUCGAAGUUGGAAGGGGACCGAAAGCCGUUAACAAAGGACCAGCUACUGUUCCAGCAGAAGCUAGAUGCGGCGGAGCAGAAAGCAGCUUCCAUUGAAGAGACAAGGAAGAGUUUACCUAUCUACCGAUUCAGAGAGGAAAUUAUACAAGCUGUUGCGGAUCAUCAGGUUAUUAUCAUCGUUGGAGAAACUGGUAGUGGGAAAACUACUCAGAUUCCUCAGUAUUUGCACGAGGCGGGUUAUACUAAAGGGGGGAUGAAGAUUGGUUGCACACAACCUAGGCGAGUUGCAGCGAUGAGCGUUGCUGCGCGUGUCGCUGAGGAGAUGGGUGUUAAAGUUGGGAAUGAAGUUGGAUAUGCCAUCCGGUUUGAGGAUGCUACCAGCGACAAAACAGUGCUCAAAUAUAUGACUGAUGGUAUGCUGCUGCGUGAACUGCUCACGGAGCCUGACCUUGGGGGAUAUUCUGCACUAAUGAUUGAUGAAGCUCACGAGAGAACCGUAUCCACGGACAUUGCGUGUGGCCUGCUAAAGGACAUUGCCAAGGCAAGACCUGAUCUGAAAUUACUUAUCUCGUCAGCGACGAUUGAUGCUCAAAAAUUUCAGAAAUAUUUUGAUGAUGCGCCAAUUUUCAACAUUCCUGGCCGGAGAUAUCCUGUUGACAUACACUAUACGUCGCAGCCAGAGGCAAAUUAUCUUGCCGCAGCGAUCACUACCGUGUUCCACAUCCACAUCAGUCAGGGAGCUGGUGACGUCUUGGUCUUUCUCACGGGCCAAGAGGAGAUUGAAGCUGCAGAACAGAGUAUACAAGAAACGGCUCGGAAACUAGGAUCCAAGAUACCGGAACUGAUAAUAUGUCCCAUCUACGCGAACUUGCCUUCGGAACUUCAAGCCAAAAUCUUUGAACCUACGCCCCCCGGAGCGCGAAAAGUGGUCCUUGCUACAAACAUUGCAGAGACCAGUCUGACCAUUGACGGAAUCGUGUACGUGAUUGACCCAGGCUUUGUGAAAGAAAACGUGUUCAACCCUCGUACUGGAAUGGAGAGCCUUGUCGUUACCCCCUGCUCGCGCGCAUCUGCAGGCCAAAGAGCGGGGAGAGCAGGCCGUGUUGGCCCGGGCAAAUGUUUCCGGUUAUAUACAAAAUGGGCAUUCUACAACGAGCUAGAAGAAAAUACUACGCCAGAAAUCCAACGGACAAACCUCAACGGAGUCGUCUUGAUGUUGAAAUCUCUCGGGAUCGACCAACUUCUUGAUUUCGAUUUCAUGGACCCACCGCCUGCAGAAACGCUUAUCCGUGCUCUCGAACAGUUAUACGCGCUCGGUGCGCUCAAUGACCAUGGAGACUUGACCAAGGUUGGAAGGCAGAUGGCCGAGUUCCCUACCGAUCCAAUGCUUGCCAAGGCUAUCCUCGCGGCGGAUAAAUAUGGUUGCGUCGAAGAGGUGCUUUCGAUAAUCGCCAUGCUGGGUGAAGCUAGCGCCUUAUUCUUCCGGCCUAAAGACAAAAAGAUCCACGCAGAUAGUGCUCGUGCGCGUUUCACGAUCAAAGAUGGAGGCGACCACUUCUCGCUUCUAAACGUGUGGAACCAGUGGGUCGAUUCCGACUUCAGUUAUGUUUGGGCCCGUGAGAAUUUCCUCCAGCAACGAAGCUUAACGCGUGCUCGUGAUGUGCGCGAUCAGCUCGCCAAGCUCUGCGAUCGAGUGGAGGUUACCAUUACCUCUGCCGGGUCUAAUAAUCUCGCCCCCAUCCAAAAGGCCAUCACGGCCGGGUUCUUCCCCAAUGCGGCGCGUCUACAACGUGGUGGCGAUUCGUAUCGGACGGUCAAAAAUGGGCAGACGGUGUACCUACACCCGUCUAGCACGCUGUUCGAGGUGAACCCGAAGUGGGUAAUAUAUUAUGAACUGGUACUGACGAGCAAGGAGUAUAUGCGAAGCAACAUGCCUCUGCAGCCCGAGUGGCUGGUAGAGGUGGCCCCGCAUUAUCAUAAGAAGAAGGAUCUGGAGACGUUGGGGAUUGAUAGAAAAGUGCCAAAGGGGCAGGGGGCGACGGGAGAGAAAAGUAAGAUAUGA